AUGAGUCUCGCUACUUUCAUCCAAGGUGGCGAAUACGAAACCGCCUCAUCAGAAGUGAUGAACUCAGAUAUACAGACUGAGCUUGAUGCGAAAUUGGUUGCCAAGCACCUUGUAUACCAAGCAGUCCUGGGAUAUGGAAAGGUCUGCGAUAAGCGAGGCAAACCUUCCUCGCCUGAGCAGGCAAAACAGCUGAUGUUGGUGUUCACAAAUGCCAUUCUCGAGGACAUGGUCAAACGGGGUGUGAAGGUCAAUGAUCAAGAAGAAACGAAACGCGAGGUCGAGAAAAUGUCAGAACAGGUAUUAAAAGAUUCUGGCGAGUAUCAAUGA